AGAUGUUGUGUUGUGAUCGUCUGACAGACAUUCACCUCGCGUCUAUGAAGCGAGACUGAUCGCUUCUAGACAACCAUCUCCAGUCGACACAGUAGGCCCUGAGGCCUACGCAGUGCAUGCAAAUUGGUCCCUGUCUUGUCGAUCGUUUCGGGACUAUCUCAGGUACCCCCUUCUCUCAUUGGCAGAAGGAGAUUAAAUCGGCACUAUGGAUGCUUCCAAAUUCACCCUGCACAAACCGUGGAGCCCGCCCCUUCCAACACGAAUGAGCGAUCAGCUCGUCGGCCAGCUGAGCCCAGCUGAGGAGGGGUCGACCUAUCAGACCGUGGCUGCGGCCUGAUUGGUCCCGCGUCUGAGUGCCAUCGCAUUGGCAUGACCAGCCAGGAGCUAUUUAUGCGGCCUAGACUCCUGUCGCAGCUUUCCCUGUAGCUGUUGCACACUCCGGAAUGCUGGCCACCAUGGGCUUCUUCGUUCGCGUGGUCGCGUCUUUUCUCCUUCUGGGGUUAUCCACGGCGUCCACCCUCCGCCAAUGUCUUCUCACUGCCGUGCAGAAUGACCCGACUCUUGUCGCAGUCGAUGGGGACCUGCUCUACCAGACUCUCGCGGUCAAGGUCUACAACCUCAACUGGCCCGUUACGCCAGCGGCCGUGACAUUCCCCAAGUCCACUCAGCAAGUCGCCGCCAUUGUCAGCUGCGCCGCGACGCUGGGCUACAAAGUCCAGGCCAAAAGCGGCGGCCACAGCUAUGGCAACUACGGCCUCGGCGGCACCGAUGGCGCCAUCAGCAUCAACCUCGAAAACAUGAAAUCGUUCUCCAUGGACUACACCAACUACCAAGCCACCGUCGGCGCCGGUAUGCUCAACGGCGAACUCGACGACUACCUCCACGACGCCGGUGGACGCGCCAUCGCACACGGCACCUCCCCACAAAUCGGCGUCGGCGGACACGCAACAAUCGGCGGACUGGGACCGACGGCCCGACAAUACGGGAUGGAACUCGACCACGUACUGGAAGCAGAAGUCGUCCUCGCCAACGGCACCGUCGUGCGCGCCUCCGCAACACAGCACUCGGACCUGCUCUUCGCCAUCAAAGGCGCCGGCGCCAGCUUCGGCGUCGUCACCGAAUUCGUCUUCCGCACGGAGCCCGAACCCGGCACCGCCGUGCAAUACACCUACACGUUCGGCCUGGGCAGCACCGAAUCGCGGGCCAACCUCUUUAAAAAAUGGCAAAGCUUCAUCUCCCAACCCAAUCUCAGCCGCAAAUUCGCCAGCAUCUGCACCAUCCUCGAGGGCAGCAUGGUCAUCUCGGGGACCUUCUUCGGCACACAAGCUGAAUACGACGCCCUGGGUCUGGAGGAGCAAUUCCCGGGCCAAACCAACUCCACCGUGAUUGUCUUCACCGACUGGCUCGGUCUGGCAGCCCACUGGGCGGAGCAAUCCAUCCUGGACCUGACCGGCGGCAUUCCCGCUGACUUUUACGCCCGCUGUCUCUCCUUUACCGAACAGACCCAGAUUCCAUCCACCGGGGUUGACCAACUCUUCGAGUACCUCGACACCGCAGAUAAAGGGGCACUCAUCUGGUUCGUGAUCUUCGACCUGGAAGGCGGCGCCAUCAACGACGUCCCCAUGGACGCGACCGGAUUCGCCCACCGUGACACGCUCUUUUGGCUGCAAUCGUACGCAGUGACAUUAGGGCCCGUAUCCCAAACGACGUAUAAUUUCCUCGAUGGUGUCAACGAGGUGAUUCGGAAUAAUACCCCGGGGUUGGGGAAUGGUGUGUAUCCGGGGUAUGUGGAUCCGCGGUUGCAGAAUGCGCGGGAGGCGUAUUGGGGGUCGAAUCUGCCCCGGUUGGAAAGGAUUAAGGCGGCGUAUGAUCCGAGCGAUUUGUUUAAGAAUCCGCAGGGGGUGUUGCCUGCUGCUGGUGCUGGUGCUGGUGCUGCUGUAUGAGGUGGUCUGUGUUGGUAUACAUAUCCUUUUUCAAUUUACAUAUAUCAGUUCUUUGUUAUCAUCACAUUCGACAUCCUGAUCUUGAAAUCUUCUAUGACUGAAUUAAUUUAACUUCAAUUUCACCCAUCUCCGUGCUUGUAUCAUAUGUUCUAAGUAUAUAUACCCUCAACAUCUCACCU